UCUCCUUUAGCCGUCGCAAUGCUACACGCGAUGCUGCGCCGGAGCUGCGCGGACAGCAUCGCUCUCAAGUCAACCCGCUCACUGUCAGCUCCAAUGCAUGCCUCGAAGGCAUCGUCAUUACUCCGCCAACCUCUAUCCCGCUCCAUACAUACCCUUUACCGGCGACCAGUCCCUCAAUGGCGCACCUGGACACCGGCCUCGACGCCGAUCCGUCUCAAAUCUGAGAUCGCCGCCAAUGUCGAACCCGGACGACGCUCUCGUGUUUUGAACGUUAUGCGCAAGGUGUUCACAUACUGUGGAUUUUUCAUUGUCUCCACUGGUACCUUGAUUGUCGCCUUCUUCAUCUACGACGCUAGUACAUACCGCGACACUACUACUGGGGUAGACAUCCCAGUCUCUGAAUUGGCACUCAACCCUAGACAUGGAGGUCCAAAGAACUUGCCCAUUGCCGAUGUGCUGGUGGGUGACUAUGACUCGGAGGCUAUGCUUCAACAGAAGGAUAAGCCUCGUCUGGUUAUUCUUGGAACGGGCUGGGGUAGCAUUUCGCUCCUCAAGAGCUUGAACCCUGGGGAUUAUCAUGUCACUGUUGUCUCUCCCACUAACUAUUUCCUGUUUACUCCUAUGUUGCCCUCCGCGACCGUGGGCACUUUGGGUCUUCGCUCUCUGGUUGAGCCCGUUCGACGUAUCAUUGACCGCUUGAAUGGUCACUUCCUCAAGGCUUCGGCGACAGAUGUUGAUUUCUCCGCAAAACUGGUCGAAGUAUCCCAGGUUGGCCAGGAUGGCCAGACGAAAAACUUUUAUCUUCCCUACGACAAGCUUGUUAUCGGUGUUGGAUGCGUCACGAACCCACACGGCGUCAAAGGCCUUGAAAACUGUAACUUCCUGAAGACCAUUGAUGAUGCUCGCCAAAUCAAGAAUAAGGUGCUGGAAAACAUGGAGCAGGCUUGUCUCCCCACCACCACUGACGAAGAGCGCAAGCGCCUGCUGUCCUUUGUGGUAUGUGGAGGUGGUCCCACCGGUGUUGAGUUCGCCGCGGAGCUGUUCGAUCUUCUGAAUGAGGAUCUGCUUCACUCUUUCCCUCGCAUCGUUCGAAACGAGAUAUCCGUCCACAUCAUCCAAAGUCGAUCCCACAUCCUGAACACUUACGACGAGGCACUUUCCCAGUACGCCGAGAAUCGAUUCACUCGCGAUGGCGUUGAGGUUCUGACCAACGCCCGUGUCAAGGAAGUGCGCCCUGACCGGGUCCUGUUUUCCCAGGUGGAAGACGGCAAGACCAUAGUAAAAGAGAUCCCAACUGGAUUCUGCUUAUGGUCCACAGGAGUCGCCCGAGCCGAGAUCUCAGAAACCAUAUCUAACAAACUGGAAAGCCAAAACAACAAGCACGCCCUCGAAACCGACUCUCACCUACGCUUAAUCGGCGCUCCUCUAGGCGACGUCUACGCCAUCGGCGACUGCGCAACAGUCCAAAACAACGUGGCCGACCACAUCAUCCGGUUCCUCCGCACAAUCGCCUGGGAGAAAGGCCGCGACCCAGAGAAAGUCCAGCUCACCUUCUCCGAAUGGAAAGAUUUCGCCGCCCGCGUGAAGAAACGCUUCCCGCAAGCCUCAGCCCACCUCCGCCGCCUCGACCGCCUCUUCGAACAGUACGAUAAAGACCAAUCCGGCACCCUCGACUACGGCGAGCUCUCCGAGCUCCUGCACCAAAUUGACACGAAGCUCACCUCCUUGCCUGCCACCGCGCAGCGCGCCAACCAACAGGGCGUGUACCUCGGCCGCAAACUAUCCAAGAUUGCAGCCGCCCUCCCCGGUCUCCGGGCUAACGAGAUCGACUACGGUGACCUUGACGAGGCCGUUUACAAGGCUUUCAAGUAUAAGCACCUUGGAAGCUUGGCGUACAUCAGCAAUGCUGCCAUCUUUGAUAUCGGUGGUAUGAGCUUCAGUGGCGGUGUCCUUGCUGUGUAUCUCUGGCGGAGUAUCUACUUCGCUGAGAGCGUCAGCUUCCGCACGCGCUGUAUGCUGGCUAUGGACUGGGGCAAGAGAGCGCUCUUUGGAAGAGGUAUGUUUCUAAGUCUUCGAAUUGGUCUCAAUGUUUUCUUGUUUUGCUAA